AUGGAGAAAAGUAAUUCAUCUAGUUCGGGGGUAAUUGUCUCCAUUAUAUUUUAUAUUUGCUAUUUAUUUUAUUUUAUCACAUACAGCUAUGAAAUAGUUCUAGUAUUUUCAAAAGAUAUAGACUAUGUUAUGUUUUGUGCUUUGUUAGUUACUUCAAUGUUUUCAAUUUUUUUUGUGUCAAUGGGUUUGAUGUAUACUUCUUUUUUUUUGGUUGCCAUUAUAUCAUUGACCGAAAUAUAUGAAUAUACAGGUAAUUUACUUGAAUAUGUACUAGAUGAUGAAUUUAAUAAAUUGUUUUUAUUAGUGAGAUUAUUUACUACAGUUAACUUCAUCGUAUUUUUCUCAAUGCAUAUAAGUAAUCUUAAAAAAAAAAAGAAGGAAUAUUUGAAUAAGAUUAAAUCACAAAAUAGUGGAAUGCAGUUACAUAACAAAAUGAGACCAAGCAAUAAUAGUGUUUUAAGGAAUAAUAGUGGUCCUAUAAGUAAAAAUAUUCAUAAUGAAAAUAGGAGACCAUUAAAUCAAGAAAAUUUAUUUCCAAGUCAAACAAUUACACCGGAUGGUUGUGUUUUAACUUCAUUUCCAAAUGAUAAAAAUGCCUUAACUAGUCAACAUAAUGUGUAUAAUUCUCAGUAUAUGCCUUCUAACCAUUACAAUAUUAAAUCACCACAUAAUUUAAAUACAAUAGAAAAUAAUCAAAUAUUAAAUAACUACAGUACGGUUAACCAUAAUUUAGAUUUACAGAAUGAUCAAUAUAUAAAUCCAAUGAUUAAUUCCAACAAUUUAAAUUUAUAUAAAAAUAAUACUAAUACUUGUAUUCAACCUAUUCAACCAAAUAAAUCUUACUUAAUAAAAGGUGAAUAUAAUACAAAAAAUAAUUGCUAUGAAAUUCCAAAUAGUAGCCCUCGAAACGAUAAUAAUUUCCCCCCAUUUAUACCGAACAACAUACUCAUAAAAAAUGCUUCAUAUCCAAAUACUGAAUCUAUUAACAAAAAUAAUGGCUCAUAUAAUGCAUAUAAUUGUUAG